AUAAAGGAAAUUACAUCUGGGCAGUGAGCUUCAACCAUUCGUUGAAAAACAUUACCUGUGCCUAACUUUCAGAAAUUCUAUAAUGUUUUAAUUUGUAUAAAAUGAAUUAUUUAUGGCUCCUUACACUUUUCAUACCAUUCAUAUCACCCGCCGUAUCACACGGACCGUCAUCAAAUGGAUGUGGUGAGCUUGGUGAUUGCAUUACCAGUCCAGAUAACUGUGAUAGGAAGUGUGGUUGUGACACUUAUGAGCUAGUUCUUUUUUUUAAUGAAACUACGCAGGAAUGUGAAUUAAACAUAAAACGGUUUUUGGAUACAUUACAAGAAAAAGAUGAUACACAAGAGAAAAUAAUAGCUGAAGCUGAGAAUGUAUUCAAACAUAUUAUAUUAUCUGUAAUAAUUGUAGCAGCGUGCUCCGUAGUGUGUGUCUUUUCGGCUUGUUUUUAUUGCUGCCGGAUUAAUUAUUUGGACAACCGACUAAAAAAGGACGUUGAUGCAAUGGCCGCUAAGCUGAAAAGGGAGAAACGGUAUAAAAAAAUAAAAUCCGAACCAAUUCCUGAAAAGGCAGAAAGUUGCAACAUUAUUGUAGGCAAUGCUGGAGUUUAUUGUGUUUAAAUAAAUUAUAAAAUCAG